AUGCCACCACCACUUAGACGAAAGCGAAGGGUUCUACCGCAAAAGGAAGUAUUGGAUCCUGGAUUUAUUACACCAGCUACUUCCCGCCAUUUAAUAGACGACCUGUUCCUUCAACUACCUUCUGAACAGGAUCGAGUGAUUCUCUCUGAACUUUGGGGUACACCAACAGAUCACAACCAUCAUAAACCGCAUGUCAGCAUAGGAAAACCACAACCAAAGAAAGAGGAUCGUGUUGCUAGGUCAAGUUACCGAGAUCUAUUUAGAAGAUCGCGGAAAGAAGACGAUGAAGACGAUGAAAUGAUAGACUUUAGCAGUAUUUCUCUUUUGCCACCCAACUUACAGAAGCAUCAUAUUCAACGUAGUAAAAGUGUAGAUAGUAUUGUAAAUAUACAGCCUAGCGAAUCAACAGAUAUGCAAGAAAUAGCUGAACAAGAUUUUGUAAAUGACCUUCCAUAUGUCACUGUCGAUGAUUUGAUGGAAGUUAAUGAUGCAGGUCAAGAUACCAUAGACAAAAAAACAUUUUGUUUAAAUAACCGGGUUGAAGCAAACAUUGAUAAAUCAGUGGAAGCAAACCAGCCGAAUAAAAUUACUGCGAACAAUCUCAUGAAAAGUAAUCAAGCUAUAGAAGAAAGGGAGACAACUGAAACAGCGAAAUAUCAAGAAGAAGUAGUCGAGACAGCAAAAGAACAAAAAGAAGUAAUAAAACAGGAACAGUCAAAUGCAGAGACAAUUGAAACAGCGAAAGAACACACAAUAAUUAAACAAAAAGAUUUAGCUAAAACAACAAAAGAACAAUUAUAUCAGAAGGCGUCUAAAGCAGUGAAGGAACUUAGAGUCGUGAUUAAAAGAGAAGAUUUAGUUCAAAUAACAAAAGAACAAGAUAAGACAGCUGAAAACAAGAAAGUAAAAGAGCAAGAGACAAAUGAAUUGAAACAAGUGGAUAAAGCAGAAGUUUUAAAAGAAACAAAAUCAAAAGAGAAAGUAUCAAUCGAAGCAAAAGAAGACAAUUCAAUCCAAGAUCAAGACACUGUUGCUAUUGACAAUGUUAAGACUGUUCAGAAACAAGUCACUAGUAAAAAUGCAAAAUAUACUAUUCAUGCUUCAAAUAUACCUUUGCAUGAUAAGGAUGUGGUUGAGCUGAUGGACAUAAUUCAAUCUCCAUUCAACAGUAGUGAUACAGAGAGUGAUGAAGACUGGACUCCAUUGCCUGUAGAGGACGAACAAGCACAUGAAUAUGAUCAUGCUGCUCAACUCAUAAUUUCUUCGAAGCCAUUUACAAAGAAACAAAGAACUUCAAUCAAGCUCAAACAAAGAGGAGCGCUUGAAUGGUAUAUCAAUAGUUCGCCCCCAAAACAUGGUAUACAAUUCACAAACAGAAAAAGACGGCUUCAGGAGAAAAUUGAACAACCUUACAUUACUAGAAAACGGAUCAAGACUAGCAACUGGAAGGUGCAUAAACUUAAAACCAGAUGA